AUGUCUGAAACCGACCUCUCUCCCAUAUCUCACGUGAUCUCACGUGUCACCACACCUUCUUCCCCGAAGGUUCCAUCUUCAAACAAUGUCACGAAGGUUAAACUCAGAAGAAAAACCAAUGAUCUUGAUGGAGCAUAUGAUCACGAGAUAUCAUCUUCGGCCAGUCCUUAUUACAAGGGUCUCCUUUAUCAACCUAUCGUUAUCGACGACGAAUAUAUUUCGCCGAAUCAUGAUCAUCAUCAGAACCAUGAUCUGAACAGUGGCCAUAGUAAUUCUGGGGUUCCGGCGACUUCUGGAUCUAGUCCAUACUACAGAGGGCUUACAGAUUUUUCACUGGUUAUUCAUGGAGGACGGCACCUACAAUCGCAUGAUGAUUAUGGCUAUGGAAUUCAUGACGUUGAAGCAGCGUACGAGUGUAAUCCUUAUUUCAGAGGCCUCCUCACUGAUAGCUCUCUGGCUAUGGCGAUUCGUAAACCUGACGGAGGAGGAGGAGGAGCAUCGUGUGGGCAUGGUGGUGUUAUGCUACCUUUUGGGUUCAGCAUGAAUUUAUGCUUAGGUGGUAAGGAUGAUAUUUUGAACGACAUCACAGCUCAGAUGGAGUCGGAAAGGCAGCGUACUUUAUCGUCGUUAUCGCCACCGGCGCCCAUACCGUUAACGCAGCCUUCGUUACCACUAUCAGCACCGCCCCCGUCUGUGAUUCCAUCCAAAGGGACGACUUCUUUAAGUACGGAGCUGAAAGUAGAAGAUGGGAAGCCUAUGGGCGGAGGAGAAUCAGAAGAAACUGCCCAUGAGGAAAAAGCUGUGGAUAUUAAGAAUAAUAAGGAGGAGGCCAUGAAUGAAUCUGGUUUACCAAAUGAGGAGGUAAUAAGGAAGAAGAAGUCCUUGAGAGAGAGUGUUUCCAAUAUUUCUGAACAAACAGCGUCUGCAUCAUCAUCAUCAUCAGAAUCUGAAUCUUCAAGUAAUAAAGAUGUUCCCCAGGAGAUUAAAGUAGAAGAAGAAGAAGAAGGAAGCUUGAAAGAAUAUGUGUGGGCUAACAAGUAUCAACCCAAGGCAUUGCAACAAUUUAUCUGCCACAAACAGAUUGUUUCUCAGCUAUUAACGAUGGUAAAAGAGGGAUCUUCUUGUGACCAUUUUAUUUUUGAAGGACCACCUGGUGUAGGAAAAAGAACCAUGAUACGAGCUCUACUUCGAGAGGUCUUUGGCAACGACGUUGUUAAGGUGACUGAGGAAUAUAGAACAGUUUUAUUAAAGAUUGUUGAGGUUUUGAAAUACAUAGGGAAAGAAGAAAGGAAAGAAUUGCCCCUUGAAUUCCUUACCAAGGUUGUUGAGAAGUCAAAGAACAAUCUUCGUCAGGCCAUUCGUUCUUUGGAGGCCACUUGCCAGAACAAGCUAUACAUGAUUCAUGUGAAGCUCGAAAGUCUCAUGAUUCACAAGGUUUCACCUGACUUUGUUUACAAGUACUUGGUAUCAGAGCUAAAAUCUCUGGUGGAUGAAUCACUAAGACCAGGGCUUGAAAAACUCAAGAAGGAGUACAAACAU